AAUUCUCCGUUUUCCACCAUUCCAACCCCCUUUGUUGUCAUUCCGGUGCACAUUUUUGACAUUUAACAGACGCGCAGCACCAGAGAUUAUAUGUGUCGGGUUAAAGUCCGCGCCGGAAGACGCUCAGAUUAGCAUUGCUUAGCUUGGCCGUAAACAAAGAGACGCGGAAGUUAGCAACAGCAGACGCUAAGGCAAAGGGACACAAAUGUGUAAAGUCCAACAGCUGAGAGCGUUGGUGGAGCAGCGGCUGACUGCAGCCGUGGAGGAAAUCUUUGCACUGUUUGAAAGAACCGUAGCAGAAUACGAGGAGGAACUUUCUCGAACAAAAGAGAAGAGCAUGCGGCUGGACGCCGUUUGCAAGGUUCGAUCGCCCGAAGAAGACGUCCAGCAGCAGGAGUGGCGCCCCAGCAUGGAGAAGAAGGAGCCGGAGCCCCCCCACAUUAAAGAGGAAGAGCAGGCGGAGGAGGCCGACAUCGGGAAGUUCCAAGUGAGGCACGUCAUUGUGAAGAGCGAGGAAGAUGAGGCUGAAGAAGGGCCAGCUGAGUCGUCGCGGCUUCGCCGUAAAGACGGAUCUACUGACGGGGACGUCCGCCGUGUGGAAGCGCGCACCCGCUCGGCGCGACCCACGCAGUCGCAUCCUGCGGUCGAGCUUCCCGAGCCCAAAACCGGAGCUGCUGGUGACUCUGCGGAUCCCAGCUCCACUUUGUCCGGCUUGAACUACAUAAAAAAUGGCCGCCGCGCCAGCGAGAAAACAUUCAUCUGCCCGUUUUGCGGUAAAACCUUCAACCAGAGGGUCCAUUUGUCCCGACACUUGAGCGUCCACACGGGAGACAAACCCUUCCACUGCACGGUUUGCAGUAAAAUGUUCGCCACCAGGGACCGUUUGCGCUCCCACAUGAGGAUCCACACCGGAGAGAAACGCUUCAGCUGCUCCGUUUGCGGCAAAACAUUCUUCCAUCGCUCGCACUUGGUCAAACACUCCCACAUUCACACGGGCGUCAAACCCUUUCCUUGCCUCUUCUGCGGCAAGAGGUUCUAUUCCAACGGGGAUCUGAUUAAGCAUACGCGGACGCACACGGGAGAAAAACCCUUCACCUGCUCCAUCUGCAACACCAGCUUCAGCGACAGUUCCACGCUGGGCAAGCACAAGCGAAGGCACACGGGCGAGAAGCCCUUCAGCUGCAGCGUCUGCGACAAACGCUUCCCGUUCAAGUUCCAGGUGAAAAAGCACAAGUGCGUCGGCUCGGACGGCGCCGAUAAAUGAACGGCGGCGUGUUUAAGCUCCAUAACCUUGUGUACCGUGUUUCUCCGCCUCAAAGUGACACCACGUAACGUCCGAUCUGACUUGCAACAUACACUCGCCGGUCGCAGAUACGGUUAGAUGCCUUCUGUGAGGACUCAAGGGGCUGUAGGUUCGACUCCCAACGACUCUCAAUGACGUUUCUGCAUGCUGCAUCCUGCUUUUGUAUGUAUUUCUCUGUAUGUCCGAGCAUGUAAUAAAAGAUCUAUUCCUUGGAGUCCA